AGACAUACCCGUUACUAUACAAUUAUAUAAAUAAUUCAAGUCAAACCUGCUGUAUUGCUCGCCUUUCCUUCUCAUCUCUCCCAUCAUCUCCUGCACCAAGCGAUAGCUUGACUCUGAAUCUCAGCGAUUUCUAUAUAAUAUAUAUAUACCAUGGUCACAAACAUUAGUACCGACUUCUCUCUCCCGGUAUCUACUUUGUUGCGUACUGGUACUGCUGUUGCACACCAGGCUGCAGAGAACAGCCAGGGUGGUGUAUGGUUGACCAGAGGUGAGCUUGACAGGGAGGAAUAUAUUCGCUUUCUAGUUAUGUUAUGGCACAUAUAUGACACACUCGAGCGUGGUCUCGAGCAACACGCUUCACACCCUGUGCUCCAGCCAACGUAUAAUCCGACGUUAUUGGCCCGUGCACCAAGUUUGGCUUUGGAUAUUUCAUUCCUCCUGCAAGUCCCCGAGUCCUCAUGGCAAUCACAUCCUAUAAACGCCACACUCCUUUCUUCUCCCCCGCAAGCCUUUGCUGAUUACACCUCUCGUCUCCGUGAACUGUCAGAAUCAUCCGAUCCAUCCGGUUUACUUGCGCAUGCCUAUGUGCGGUACCUUGGAGACUUGAGCGGCGGUCAAGUCAUUCGCCGUCACUGUUCUACAACUUUCAAGUGUUGGGAGGUAAUAAAUCAG